UCUCUGCAGCCGACGGCCGGAUGUUCAUCUCUGAACGCUGCGCUCUACCUGCGGACAGACCUGCAGACGUCCACGCAUCAGAGGGUCUCAUCUGUCCUCAACCAUCCCAGGACAGACUGAACGGCCCCCCGCCUGCAGCACCGUCUCAAGACCCAGGCUCCUCCUCCUCAUACACUCCUGUCACCCGUAGAGAGCGUCAGAGGAACACCGAGCGCCAACGGGCCCACAGCACCUCCACCCUGGCGGCCUCUGUCGGCCUGCCCUGCCCCUUCUUCUCUCCCGAGCCUCAGGAUGGAGGCGGCACCGAGUGGCAACCCAACGAGAGUUUGAGCCUAGUUAACCUGGACGCCAUCGCCUACCCGGGCAUCCCGCCCACCAGCACCAGCGCCGUGGGUGCUGUCACUAACACGACCGGGCUCGAUGAAACCCUGGUGACGGACGGACAGACAAGACGCCGUCUGAGUGACGCCAGCAUUCUAGAGGACAGUGAGCAGGACAUCCACAGAGGACGAGCGCACAGCUUAGAGAUGGGGGAGGGGCAUUCUUCAGAAAACACAAAACAUCUUUUACCAGUGAUGCCAACACCCCUGUCCCAGCUCUCGGCCCCACCCAACAAGAAGGACAGCGAGAACAAUUUGCUGUCUCCUUCCCCGACUUUCUAUCCGUCCAUGCGCCACCUGUCCUCACUGAGAAUCUCAGAGUCCAGCCUGUUGAGCCCCUACGAGCAGCCGCAUCCGUUAGAAUCCUCCCGAGGACGCUCACAGGAGGACUAUGACGAGGUCUUCCUCCAAAACCCUCCCCCUCCCUCACCUCCUCCACCAAUCAGAGAGACAAGCAUCGUGGAGGACUUCCCGCCUCCCCCACCUCCUGUCGACCUGGAGCAGGAAACUGAACUCCAGUCUGUGGGAAGGUUGUCCCCUCCUCCACCUCCAAUGCCCCCCUCCUCCGCUGUCCUCCCUCCACCUGUGCUCUCCACCGUCACCCCCAUCAACACCUAUACCACAACCCAGGACAGCCUCAGUCUGGAGUACCAGCCCCUCCCUGAGAGACAAAAGACACCAGAGGAGCAGCGAGUGGAGGCGCUGGCCCAGAAGUUGGUGUUGCUGGACAGCUCUCUGGCGCCCCUCCUGGACACGUGGGGAGCUAAAUCCACGGUUGAGAUUAUGAAGGAAAUCUUUCCAAACAGCAGAACCGCUGAUAAAAGUCACUGGCUGCACAGAGGCAGCCGUCAGAUGGACGACAGGAUCCAAGAUGGUAUUUUUGGUUCUGCUCCAAGGGCAGUGAUGGAUGGAGACACAGAGACAGAGGAGGACGACAAAGAUGUCAACACUAGGAAGGUGGAGCUGUGUGAGGCUCUGAGGAGCAGCGUGGACGCUCUGCGGCAGGAGAAGGAGGCGCUGAGCGAGGAGCAGAAGCAUCACCAGGAGCUGGGGGCGAGCGUGGAGGCGUUGGUGCAGGAACGCCUAAAAACCAACGAGAGGGACAAGUACAGCAUGUUCAUCGGAGAUCUGGAGAAAAUCGUGAACCUGCUGUUGUCGCUGUGCAGUCGACUGUCGAGGAUCGACAGGUCGCUGGUCGCCCUGCAGAGGGAGGAGCUAACGCAGGAGGAAACAGCAGAGGAGCGGGAUUCCCUCCAUCACAAACGCUCUCUGCUCCUCCGUCAAACCGAAGACGCCUGGGAGCUGAAGGAGAACCUGGACCGGCGGCAGCGGGUCGUCCACGCCAUCCUGUCCGGCUACCUCACCGAACCACAGCUCCAGGACUACCGGCUCUUCGUCAGCACCAAACCCUCGCUUCUGAUUCGCCGACGGCACUUAGAGGACCUCAUACGACAGGAGGAGGAGCAGCUGACGCGGCUCGCAGAGAGCCUGCCCGUGGAGGUGGCGCAGGCUCGCGGCUGGUCGAGGGCCUCCCCCUUCCUGCUGCAAGGCCCCACGACCUGUUCCUCUUUGUUUCCACCACUGCUGCCAGGCCCCGCCCACUCCGUCAGGCCCACCACCGUGACGUCACUGUGACGUCAUGGCGAUGCCACUGCUGCAGGUGGCAGUGGAGGACAGGAAAUGAUGAAGAUUCCUUAAAAACUCUGAAAGUGUCACAUGAAGGAGAAAAACCCGAGGCAGGUUCAGUUCACACUGAAGAAGCUCUGCAGGAUUCAAACUGUUCACGGCCUCGUCACCAUUCACACCUCAACGUCAGCCUGGACUCAAACCAACUGCUGUCAAUGUUUCUGAAGCUGUUUUCAGAUGUGAACCACCGACGUGAGAACAAAUGUCUGCGUCAGCCUCUCGUAAAAUGUCAGAAUCCAUACAACAGCAAAAUGUCCGGAACAUUCAAAGUGAGUGAGCGGACGUGUUGAUGGAAGAACACAAAUCUUAAUUCUCCAUGAACAAACAUGACAGCUGAGUCAGCAGCUUCUUCUUCCAACAUCUUCUCUACAGAAUUUAUACGUCAUGUCCCGCCUCCUGCUGCUCUACAGGCUCCUCCCCUCGCCUGAACGUUCACACACACUGACACUACACAACAUGUCAACUCAACAUGCGACACAGCUCACGUCUCGAAACAGCUUCUUUGUUCUCAGAUUUGAAGACAGCUCAUCGUCAAACGCUUUAAAGGACAAUUCUAGUGUCACAGCUAAAAAUCUUCUGAUCAAAAUACACGACAUGUCUGAAGAGUCUGAACUAAAAUAAAUCAUUUCUGAUCCUUCCAACAGGUAAACAUACAUCCUUCAGAACUAGAAUCACUCUGAGCUCGUGACUCCUCUGAGCCGAUGCACGUGCAGGUUAAAAAGAAGCAUGAAUGGUAGAAACGCUUCCGUCUCUAGAAUUGUCCUUAAACGACCCUGACGCUUCUUUACGGAGCGUCAAACAUUCAGACGUUAGUGGGCGUGUCCUCGCCCACAGAUCUGAACUGUUCUCGUCACUGUCACAGCAUCACUGCAGCUCGUAGCACUUUCAGCUCUUUGACUGGUUCACGAUGAAUUUACACUGAACCAGAAACUUUUUCCCUCUUUUCAAACAUUUGACGUCCCAAUAAAUCAUAUUCCUGAUUCAUAGAGUUUUAAUUUCUGGAUACGAAGUUUAGUUUGGACCAAAAACAUUUUACUUUCCUGAUGUUACAUGAAAAUUAUCAAACAGAAAAAUACCAAACGAGAAUUUUAUAUAUGAUGAAAUUUUCUUAAAAUUUGAGAAGACACUAUUUAAACUGGUAAAAUAUCUAAACACAGUUGAUCAUUGAGAAACAGAAACUACAAACACAUGAUACAAACAUGAGACGAGCGUCAUACAAAAUGAAAUUCUUUAUUUAAGCUGAAGGUUUUCAUUCAGUCAAAGAAUCAGCACUUUGUCUCAGGACGGAAACUGGAGGGAGGAGAAUUUAACAUUUGUGGCUUCACAUCGACUUCAACUAGGACCUA